AUUUAAGUAAACAAUUAAAAACAAAAAGAUUCUUCCAUAGCCAACGCACAUCACGCAGCCACACACACAUCGGAGAGAGAGAGAGAGAGAGCUCGAGACGCUAAACUUAAUGGCGGCCACGUCAGCUCGAGCCUUCAUACUCUCUCGCGUAACGGACCUUUCACGGAAGAAGCUCAUCCUCCACCAACCGCCACCGUCGUCUCCUCGCCGGUUUCCUAACCGCGCGGUGUCUUCCGCCGUCAUCAGCUGUCUCAGCGGAGGCGGAGUCUCCUCCGACGAUUCGUACGUAUCCACUCGACGGUCGAAGCUUGACCGAGGCUUCGCUGUGAUCGCGAAUCUGGUGAACCGGAUCCAGCCGCUUGAUACGUCUGUUAUCUCCAAAAGCUUAUCCGAUUCGGCUAAGGAUUCGAUGAAGGAGACGAUUUCGUCUAUGCUUGGACUCCUUCCUUCCGAUCAGUUCUCAGUUUCCGUUACCAUCUCGGAGCAGCCUUUGUAUCGCCUCCUUAUCUCUUCCAUCAUCACAGGGUAUACGUUGUGGAAUGCGGAGUAUCGUGUAUCACUGACGAGGAACUACGAUAUACUGACUGAUCCUAGAAAGGAGGAUGAUCAAUCUUCGAAAGACGAUGUGAGAUUUGGAUCAGAGAAGGGAGUGAGCGAGGGUUUAGGGGAUUGUGCUGAGGAGUUAGAGAGAAUGAGUCCUCCUCAGGUGUUCGGAGACUUAUCACCUGAAGCGUUGAGUUAUAUUCAAGAGUUGCAAUCUGAGUUAACUAGCAUCAAAGAGGAGCUAGAUCUGCAAAAGAAGAAAGCUUUACAGAUAGAAUGCGAGAAAGGGAGCAAGAAUGAUUUGUUGGAGUAUCUGCGUUCUUUAGAUUCCGAGAUGGUGGCUGAGUUAUCUCAACUAUCUUCACCAGAAGUUGAAGAGAUCGUGAGCCAGCUUGUCCAAAACGUAAUGGAGAGGAUCUUCGAGGACCAGAAUACUUCAGCUUUGAUGCAGGGUUCAGUCAUAAGGACUACUACAGAAGGUGGUGGUGGUGAUGGAGCUGGUAGAACAGUAGACGCUUCCAGGGAUUACCUCGCAAAGCUCCUUUUCUGGUGCAUGCUGUUGGGACAUCAUUUAAGAGGUCUGGAGAAUAGAUUACAUCUUAGCUGUGUUGUUGGGUUGCUGUAAAAUCAAAAAGGAGACAAAAGGAAAACAUCAAUGUAUAUUCUUCUCCUCCAUUUUGAUUUCUUUAAUCUAAUAAGCUUUAAGUUA